AUGGGAGGAAUGCUGGGAAGAAUUCACAUCAUCAAACUCCUGAUAGUCCAGACAGGAGAAAACUAUAAAUGUGAAGAAUCCACACUGGAGAGAAACCAUUACAAAUGUGAGGUGUGUGGAAAGGGCUUCUGUCGUGCCUCAGAUCUAGACCGUCAAAGAGGCCAUACUGGAGAGAAGCCAUGUCGAUGUGGUACAUGUGGUAAGGGCUUCAGUCGUAGCUCAGAUUUUAGCAUUCAUUUUGGAGUCCAUGCAGGAGAACAGCCCUAUAAAUGUCAAGAGUGUGGAAGCUUCAGUCAGGCCUCAACUCUUCUGGCCCAUCAACGAGGCCACACGGGAGAGAAACCAUACAAAUGUGGUACAUGUGUGAAGGGCUUCAGUCAGAGUUCAGAUCUCAAUGUUCAUUGUAGAAUUCACACAGGAGAGAAACCCUGUACGUGUGAGAAGUGUGUGUGUGGGAAAGGCUUCAGUGUCAGUUCACAGUUUCAAGCCCAUCAGAGGUGCCACGCUGGAGACAAACCCUACCAAUGUCAGGAGUGUGGGAAGAGCUCCUGUCGGGCCUUGAAUUUUCUGGCUCAUCGUGGGGUCCACACAGGAGAAAAAUCGUAGGGAUGUGAUGUGUGUGGUAAGCACUUCAGACAAAGAUCCUACCUUCAUACCCACCAGAGAGUCCAUACUGGUGAGAAACCAUACAAAUGUGAGGAGUGUGGCAAGGGCCUCAGAUGGAGCUCAAGCCUUAUCAGCGAAUCCAUGCCGAUGAUGAAGUGGUUGGAAGACCACACAGCAGAGAAGCCUUGGGAGAGUGGAGCCAUAUAG